UUAUUAUUAUAUUUUAGAGUUUCUUCCCCUGGUUAUGAAUUAGUCAGUGCUAAGGUUUGCCGAGAACAACAAAGGACUUUAAUUUGCGAUGAAAAAUGUUCAAAAUACCGUCAGAGAAAGUUGGUUCUGGAAAUGAAGCUGACAAUAUUAAGCAGGGAAGCUUAUUUCAGUCAUAUAAACGUAAAAAAGAAGAUCCAACUGACAAAAGUGAAAGUGUUAAAGUGUCAUCAGCACCAACUGUGGCUGCAUCAGUAUUGCCUUCAAAGGCUCAGACUAGCAAAACAACAGUUCCAAUUGGUUUUGAGAAACCAACAUCUAGUGAUAACAACGAUCCCCCUAAGAACCAACCAACAGAAGUUGAUGAUUCAAGAGACUUGAGACAGCAACAAGGACCUGCAUCCACAUCCAACACAGCCCCAUCAAAUACAAUUCUGGUGAACUUUCGCCAGAGAGGUAAUCCUGUUCUAAAGCAUAUUCGCAACAUUCCAUGGCAAUACACAUCCAUCAUCCCAGACUUUGUGAUGGGGAAAACGCAUUGUGCGCUCUUUCUAAGUUUGCGCUAUCAUCAGCUCCAUCCUGAUUAUGUACAUGGGCGAUUGAAAGAGCUGGGCAAAGGUUAUGACCUGCGUGUCCUACUGGUACAGGUGGAUGUGAAAGAGGCGCACCAUCUAUUGAAGGAAUUAGCCAAAAUGUGUAUACUUGCAAAUGUGACCAUGCUAUUAGCAUUCAGUGCGGAGGAGGCAGGCAGGUAUCUGGAGGCCUACAAAGUGUACGAAAACAAACCAGCUGAUGCCCUCAUGGAGAAAACAGAUGCAAGUAUUGUGUCAAAGUUGACUGAAUGCUUAACUGUUGUGAAAUCAGUGAACAAGACUGACGCCAUGACUCUGCUGACUGCUUUUAAGUCCAUGGAGGGCAUAAUCAAGGCUAGCAAGGAAGAUCUGUCACUCUGCGCAGGAUUUGGACCACAGAAAGCACAGCGCCUUCACGAUGUAUUCCACGAACCGUUCCGUAGAUCGCAUAAAACCUCCUAACACCUUGUUUACCAACUGCUUCAAAGCGUCGCAAACUGUGAUACCUACCGGACAUGACGUCAUUCAUAGACAUCUGCCUUUGGCAGGACAAUCAAAGUAGGCAUGAAGUGCUUGAGGACCAUGCGAUUGACUCGAGUGUUAUGAUUUAACAAUUGCACGCUGUGAAGCGAAAAUGCUAAACAUUUUUAAUUUGGAACGAAAAACAUGCACAUAAUUUAUCCAAUUAUGUAAAUGGUAAAUGUAGCAGUGACGUUCUUAGAAUGUAUAAAUGCUUAAAACAAUACAGACUUCAGUAUGUGCACGAUAUUGAAUUUGUGUCAUUUAAAAGAAAUCGGUUGAUAAAAGAAGAUGCAUGCAUCAUUGGAUAUAACGAGUUUUAGGCCAGCAUUUUUAUUAUCUGUUUUACGGGAGCGACCGACCCUACUUUUCGACAAAUACAAAUAAAAAUAAGUCACUUUCGAUUUUUUUUAUUAACAUUUCACCCGCCGACCUAGUAUUUUAUCCAAAAUUAUAAAAAUAUUGCGCACAUUGCUGAAAGUGUUGUUCAAAAUUUGUUUGUAAUACGGGUUGUUUCGUUGUGUCAACUCGAAUUGUAAAGAGUCAGCGAUUUUCAUUGGCUAUUGCAGCCAAUACCACACGCUAUUAGCCAAUCGGUGAGUAUUUAACAAAUGAUUUUCAUAUUGCAUUUCCGAAAUGGCGGACAUUAACAUCAACGAGACAAAUUUAGCAUAUUUUAAAAUCAACUUAAUUAAAACGGAGCAGGCACAAUUUCAAUUAGAAAAUAUAAUCUUCAGAACACCAUUGUUGACAUAAUGCCCAUAUUAUGUGAUACGAAAUUCAAAAUAAUAAUGAGUUUUUGCAGAUGAUGCAGAGGUGUCACCAUCGAUAACUUUCGGUCUGUUAAAAAGUUUUGGGUAGGUUUAAUAAAUAUGCGUAUUUAUUAAAAUGCAUAUCCUGUAAUAUUUUUAUAGAUAAAAAUCAACAUCCCGAAAAUGUCCAAGAAGUAUUACUUUACGUCUCUUUAUAAUGAACAUGGGGACUGAACCACAGGUACUUGCAUCAAUAAUCCCAUUUCCCACCCACCCAUAUAUAUUCUUUAUUUAGAAAAAAAAGUAUGCAACACAGUUUCUGAAGAAAAUAACAUUGGGUCCCGAUGUUCGUAUGUCCGUCAAAGUCACAAGAAAGUUUUAUUUUUCUUGACAUUACAGGCCUUGACACAAACUUUUUUGACUGGGUACCCGGAGGGAACCCUACUUUCAACUUUUGGUGACCCUCACCCAAACUAGGGUUCCCUCUUGUUUCAACGCGCAGCGACUCUCAGAGUAAGGGCAAAUAAAUACAAGAAGCAUACUAGUACAUAUUUUUAUUUCCUAUAUUCAAUUCUGUUGCCAUUUAAAGCUGACACAUUAAUAGCUCAAAAGCCUUGUCUUGUAAACUUCUGAUAUCAUGUCUUUCAUCAAAAUCAUCAUCAUCGUCAUCCUUGUCAUAAUCAUCUUCUCUACUGUUAAUCUUGUGUUUAUAUGACUAUGCUUAAUAGUUUGUUGUACACUUGUAGCUUGGGUAUGAAUGAAUAAACAUGUAGCCAUA